ACGGACCAGGAAUUAUUUUUAUUUCUUUGUUUCCCGGGGAAAAAAAAAAAAGCAAAAACCGGGAAAAAACCAAAAAUAACCCCCCCAAAAAAUUCCCCGCGCUCGGGAACCCCCCGCGGGGGCGGAUGGUGCUGCCGUGAGCGGGGCGGGCCGGGCCGGGCCGGCGGGCCGGCGGGAUGAAGCGGCGGAGCGCGGACUGCAGCAAACUGCGGCGGCCGCUCAAGCGGAACCGCAUCACCGAGGGCAUCUACGGCAGCACCUUCCUGUACCUGAAGUUCCUGGUGGUGUGGGCCCUGGUGCUGCUGGCAGAUUUUGUGCUGGAGUUCAGGUUUGAGUACCUGUGGCCCUUCUGGCUCUUCAUCAGGAGCGUUUACGAUUCCUUCCGAUACCAGGGCUUGGCCUUCUCAGUAUUUUUUGUGUGUGUAGCAUUCACCUCCAACAUCAUCUGUCUGCUCUUCAUCCCAAUCCAGUGGCUGUUCUUUGCUGCCAGCACCUAUGUGUGGGUACAGUAUGUGUGGCACACAGAAAGAGGUGUGUGCUUACCAACAGUAUCACUGUGGAUACUUUUUGUUUAUAUUGAAGCAGCCAUCAGAUUUAAAGAUUUAAAAAACUUCCAUGUGGACCUUUGUCGUCCAUUUGCAGCACACUGCAUUGGCUACCCUGUUGUGACUUUGGGCUUUGGCUUUAAAAGUUACGUCAGCUACAAGAUGCGUUUGAGGAAGCAGAAGGAGGUGCAGAAGGAGAACGAGUUCUACAUGCAGCUCCUGCAGCAGGCACUGCCCCCAGAGCAGCAGAUGCUGCAAAGGCAAGAGAGGGAGGCAGAGGAAGCAGCCAAAGGAUUAUCUGAUAUGGAUUCCUCAAUACUCCUGCAGCACAAUGGAGGAAUUCCAGCCAAUAAAAAAAUCUCUGCAACGUUGCCAGAGCUGGAGUAUCGAGAAAAAGGGAAAGAAAAGGACAAAGAUGCAAAGAAACACAACCUUGGAAUAAACAACAAUAUUUUGCAACCUGUAGACUCUAAAAUACAAGAAAUUGAAUAUAUGGAAAACCAUAUCAAUAGUAAAAGAUUAAAUAAUGAUCUUGUAGGAAGUACAGAAAACCUCUUGAAAGAGGACUCAUGCACUGCCUCGUCCAAAAACUACAAAAAUGUCAGUGGGGUUGUGAACUCCUCACCCCGCAGCCACAGUGCAACCAACGGGAGCAUCCCCUCCUCAUCCUCUAAAAAUGAGAAAAAACAGAAAUGUGCCAGCAAGAGCCCGAGCACACAUAAGGACUUAAUGGAAAACUGUAUUCCUAAUAACCAGCUAAGCAAACCAGAUGCACUGGUAAGGCUGGAGCAGGACAUCAAGAAGCUGAAGGCCGACCUGCAGGCCAGCAGGCAGGUGGAGCAGGAGCUGCGCGGGCAGCUGAGCUCGCUGAGCUCCGCCGAGCGCGGCGCGCGCGCCGAGACGGGCCAGCUGCGCCAGGAGAACGAGCUGCUGCAGAACAAAUUGCACAACGCUGUACAGAUGAAACAAAAAGACAAACAAAUGAUCAGCCAGCUGGAGAAGAAGCUAAAGGCAGAGCAGGAGGCACGAACCUUUGUAGAAAAACAAUUAAUGGAAGAGAAGAAAAGGAAGAAGUUGGAAGAAGCAACUGCUGCACGAGCUGUGGCCUUUGCUGCUGCUACCAGAGGGGAGUGCACCGAGACCUUGCGGAAUCGCAUCCGCGAGCUGGAGACGGAGUGCAAGAAGCUCACCCUGGACAUCAAACUGAAAGAGGAUCAGAUCAGAGAGCUGGAAAUCAAAGUUCAGGAGCUGAGGAAGUACAAGGAGAACGAGAAGGACACGGAGGUGCUGAUGUCAGCACUCUCAGCCAUGCAGGACAAGACCCAGCACCUGGAGAACAGCCUGAGUGCAGAGACCAGGAUCAAGCUGGACCUCUUCUCUGCCCUGGGAGAUGCAAAAAGGCAGCUGGAGAUUGCCCAAGGGCAGAUCCUGCAGAAGGACCAGGAGAUCAAGGAGCUGAAGCAGAAGAUCGCAGAGGUGAUGGCAGUGAUGCCCAGCAUCAGCUACACUGCAGCCACCAGCACCCUGAGCCCCGUGUCCCCCCACUAUUCCUCCAAAUUUGUGGAGCCCAGCCCCUCUGGACUCGACCCCAACGCCUCUGUCUACCAGCCCCUGAAGAAAUGAGGGAAUGCCAAGGUUCCCCGAGCCCCCAGGGCUCUCCUGCAGUCGAGAUGAAAUUGUUUCGUGUGGGACUGUGUUUGUUGUCGUUUCCAGCAGGAGAAAAGAGCAUUGACUAGAGCUGCCCAUCGGUUUUUCUUGUAAAUUUUUAGAAAACCUCACAGAACUCUUCGAUUUGUUUUCCUCGGCCAACGCAUUAAAAACAAUUCUUGGUUUUCAAGUAGCCAAUUUUUGCCUUUUUAUGUACUCUUGCAUGGUUUCCUCUUGAAAAAAAAAAAAUACCACGGGGCUUUGCUUGGUUUUGAACCCUUUCUCCUCAGUUUUUUAUUUAACGAUUUGGAUUUGCAGAUUCAUCCAGUGAGGAAAACCCUUCGGUUUUCCCAGCGAAAGGGUUAAACAACCCAACAAAGCUUUGAUUUAUAGAUGUAUUAAAUACAAACACGUGGAUGUCGCAGAAGAUAAUUUGAUUUUCCCCCCCUCAAAGGACCAAACAAAUUCCAGGGGCGUUGUUGAAGGGAAGGAAUAAAGACUAGCUGAUGAUGUGAUGGUG